AUGGCCUACAUCUGGGCCAGGGUCGUUCCCGACACGGGCGUCCUCAACGCCACGGCCACCGGCGACUGGGCGCGGGUGAACCUCACAGAAUCCUGGCUCGCGCGUGCGGAGACCCUCAGGGUCGCCAUCCGAACUCACUUCUGGGACGCGUCCAAGGGCGCCUUCAUCGACGGCCACAGGAACCGCACGCUCUACUCGCAGGAUAGAAACAGCUACGCCGUCGCCUUCGGUGUGGCAGCCUCCAUCUCCCGCGCGCUGACGGAGAACUGGACGCCCAUCGGCCCGGCCUCACCGGAGCUGCCCGGCAACGUGGCGCUCUUCAUCUCUAGCACCGAGCUCGAGGCGCACUUCGCCGCCGGCCGCGCCGACAGGGCGCUACGGCUAGGGUACUACCUCAACCACCCCAACGGCACGGGGUCAACCGUCAUCGAGGGAUACCUCACGGAUGGCGCGUUCGGAUAUCGCAGCGCGCGCGAGUACACGGAGGACCCGAGCUACGUGAGCCACGCGCAAGGGUGGAGCGGUGGACCGACGAGCACGCUGACCGAGUACCUCGUCGGGCUGCGAGUGACACGGCCCGCGGGCGCGGAGUGGAGCCUGAAGCCCGCGUUCGGUGAGAUGUCGGAGGCGCAGGCCAGGUUCACAACGGCUCUGGGGCGGUUCAGCGCCAGGUGGGCAGUCGAGGGGGACUUCACGGCGGUGGAGUGGGAUAUGCCCACGGACACGAAGGGUUGGUUGGAACUCAGCGGCGAGGAGGGGAGGUGA